AGCAAGACCAGCAAUGGCCUGCCUGGCCGGGCAGGCCAUGCGCACUGUGCCUUGCCCGGACCCCCAGGGUGCCCGGCCGCCUUAUAGUCCUUAUAUUUGUUCAGCCAACCCCAUGAUCCAGAGUGUCCUUAAAAAUAAGGAUGCAGUCAUCACAACCAUCGCAUUAACAAACCCAAGACUACCCACCCUAACACAAGAGGAGUGGGAGGAACUCAAGCAGGCCGGUGAGGUAUUAAAACCCUUUGAGGAGGUCACCGUUGAGAUUAGUGGACAGGGAUAUGUCACUGUGUCGAAGGUGAUUCUUCUGGCAAGAGGAUUACAGAGGAUAGCCGCAAACAUACAAAGGGGUGUGAACCUGAUGGGUCCUGUGAAAGUCAUGGUGUACACCAUUUGUACCCAGAUGGCUCACAGGUUCCACAAAAUUGAGGCACAUGUUUUGCUAUCUGAAGCAGCAGCACUGGACCCCAGGUUCAAAAAGAAGGCCUUCGGCAGGGAUGAGGAUGCAGAUAGGGCCUAUCAGUAUCUAAGCAAUGCUGCUGCAAAGGUGAACCUCCCCAACCAGCAGGCUGAAGAAGAGGGAGCAGCAGCACAACCACCAAGUUCCAGUCAGGACAGUGCAAUUUGGCAGGAAUUUGAUCAGCAGGUCUCUGGGCUUGUGACCAGCAGCCGAAAUCCAGUGGCAGAUGCAGUACUGGAGGUCCGUGCUUUUGUGCAGGAGCCGCUUGUACCGAGAUCUUCAAACCCCCUCACAUGGUGGCAAAGUAGAGGCGUGGUCUAUCCAAGACUGUCUGAAAUCAUGAAGAGAAGACUCUGUAUUGUGGCCACAUCUGUCCCAUCAGAGAGGAUUUUCAGCAAGAUGGGGCAGAUAAUAUCAGAGAGACGAAAUCGGCUCAGCUCAUCCAAAGUCAGCCAGCUUGUAUUUUUAAAUGCAAAUCUGGAGUAGGGGCAAGAUCUUUGGACGAAAAUACCUUGAAAGAGAACAUAAUGUGCAAGGACAAUCUUUUCUUUGUUUGACACUUUUGGUGUGUGUGUGUGUGUGUGUGUGUGUG